AUGUCGUUCCCAGCUAUCUUUCGUUGGUUUAUAUCCACCAUAACAUCACCACAUUCCGAGUUCCCCAGCCUGUUCAGUUGGCUCUCGCCCACUCCUCCCAGUGAUCCUAAAGCGAUCAGUUAUCGCCAACAGCAGGAGAAAAUCAUAAAUCUUCUCAAGGGGGACUCAUAUACGAUUCCCCGCCUUGAGGAAUGCCUCAAAGGAUGGUAUAUGGGAGUCAACCCUGCGUACGAUAAUAUAAAAGCCACUGAAGGUGAAUUCCUCGAGAAAUGGAUCAAGAGAGACAACCUGCGAGAGAUGGCGAUAAAGGUUGACCUGACUUUAUGCAUUGCUUGCUUCUUCCCUCGGACAACUGAAGAGAAGCUGCAAGUACUGUUUGAGAAGAUGGCAUGGAGCGAGGAGCCCAUGCUAACCGAGUCUGCUUUCAAUAAGUUCUUUGCCUUCGAUGACGACGUGGAUAGUUUCCUCACGGCUGAGGAAUUCGUGAAACAGGAACCUGCUGCCUUUGUAAAGUAUUGGCUUGAUCCUAACCGCAGCGGACCAGAGCCGUAUGUGCUUCCAAGCUGUAUUAUCUACCGCACUGUUGGCCCCAAGCUUGCCAUGGGCUGGUCGGAAGCAUCCAAGGCACAGUUCCAAAAAACUACCAUCGAAUACAUCGACUGCCUAAUGGAGGUCAGUAAGCAGCGAGAAACAUAUCUUCCAUCAUUGGAGGAAUAUAUUGAAGGGAGAAUCAUCAACAUCGGUGUCUACCCGACACUUGAUUUGAUCCCGUACGCCGCCGACAUCGAGGUUUCUGAUGAAGUGUUGAAGCACGAGUCAUUACAGACCAUUCGAAUAAUGCUGACAGAAUAUGACUUGAAGGAUGAACGACAUAUUCUCGGUCAAGAAAGAGAUUCCGCUGUCGACUACACUGUUGGUCUGAUAGAAGAAUCAUAUAGGAUUGUUAAUGAGGCUGGAACCCGUCUUCCGAAGCUUGAGGGUAAAGCGAAGGCAGAUCUGGACACCUAUAUCGAGCAAUGCAAAGAUCAAGCAGCAGGAAGCAUAUACUUCCAUCAAUAUUCACCGAGAUAUCUCCCUAAAUCAGCCUUCCAAGGGGACAAGAUCGUUGUUCAGUUAUAA